AUGGGUUCAUUCAUGUUGAUCAGAUGGGUUGCUUUGAGGGUUUGUUUCAUAGUUCUUGUGGUACUGGAGCUUCACUUGGCCUUGGGAGGGGCAGAUCAACAGCCCUCCAAUUUCCUCGGUGGUGGUGUAUCACUGGAUAAGCCGCCUGUGUGGGAAGGAUUAUGCAAAGCUACCGUCAUUCCACAUGGUUAUAAAUGCGAGGAGUUCCAUGCAACAAGUGAAGAUGGAUACAUUACGGGGCUUCAAAGAAUCCCAGAGGGUCUUUCAAGCAGUGGUGGUGUUUCAAAGAAUAAGCCACCUGUUGUAGUACAGCAUGGUGUAUUGACGGAUGGGAUAUCAUGGAUGAUGGGCUCAACUGAACAAUCCUUGGUGUUUACAUUAGCUGAUAGUGGAUUUGAUGUAUGGAUAGCUAAUACAAGAGGGACUAGAUUUAGUAAGGGACAUGUAUCUCUUGAUGAAAGCCAAACGCAAUACUGGGAUUGGUCAUGGGAUGAGGUCGCUCUCAAUGAUCUUCCUGCUAUAGUUGACUUCGUAUACAAUCAAACAGGCCAGAAGCUCCAUUUUGUUGGCCACUCCAUGGGAACUACAACUCCAAUGGCAGCCUUAUCACAAGGGAAGUUAGCAGACAAGUUGAACUCAGUGGUCCUGCUUAGUCCCAUUGCCUACUUGAACAAAAUGACCACCGUGGGUGGCAUACUAGCUUCCGAUGGCUUUUUAGGAGAGUUAGCCGAAUUGGCGGGUAUAUAUCACAUUGACCCAGGCAAAAUUCUAGCUACUGUAAAGCUUAUGCCUUACGGGUAA